UGACCAAAGCAACUUAUAAAAGAAAACAUUUAACUGGGGGCUUGUUCACAGUUUCAGAGGUGAUUCUAUGACCUUCGUGGUGGGAAGGACAGUGGUGGGCAGGCAGUGCUGGAGCAGUAGCUCAGUGCUUACAUCCUGUUCCUCAAAUCUGAGGUAGAGAACAUAGACUGAGCCUCACAUUGGCUUUUGAAAUCUCAAAGCCCACCCCAGGGAUGCACCUCCUUCAACAAGGCCACACCUCCUAAUCCUUCCUAAAGAGCUCUAGCAACUGGGGGCUGAGCAUUCAAAUACAUGAGCCCAUAUAGACUCAUAGGCGGUUCUCAUCCUCCUUAGCAUAGUCCUUGACAUCCUAGCACUUGGGAGGUGGAAGCAGAGGAUCCAUUCAAACAAGCUCAAGCUGGGUAUAGUAUAUGCCUUCAUCUCAGUACUUGGGGGGGAGGGGGCAAAGUCAGGUUGGUCUCGGAGUUUGAAGCCAACAUGAUCUAUAUAGUGGGACCAUAUUUCAAAACCAACAAAAUCUCACAAGCUAGCCUCUCCCUGGACUUGUCUGUUAUCAGUUCUCUAUGGUUUGGUCUUAAAUCUCAGUCUCCAUCUCAAGAUCCCUUCCUCAUCUUGUGACACUUGCUGACCUGCAGUGAAUGACAGGAAGACCAGCUCUCUCUAUGUAGUGAGUUUCAGCACCAGAUGGAUAAAUUAAGAACAUGACCGCUCCAAGCUCUCUACUUGAGACUCCUGAGGGAAACUGCCACGCAGGAUGAGUGAACUGGAGCAGCUGAGGCAGGAGGCUGAACAGCUUCGGAAUCAGAUCCAGGAUGCUCGGAAGGCCUGCAACGAUGCCACGCUGGUUCAGAUCACGUCUAAUAUGGACUCUGUGGGUCGAAUACAAAUGCGAACAAGGCGCACUCUGCGCGGCCACCUCGCUAAGAUCUACGCCAUGCACUGGGGAUACGAUUCCAGGCUACUAGUCAGUGCUUCGCAAGAUGGAAAAUUAAUUAUUUGGGAUAGCUAUACGACAAAUAAGAUGCACGCCAUCCCGCUGAGGUCCUCCUGGGUGAUGACCUGUGCCUAUGCCCCAUCUGGGAACUACGUUGCCUGUGGAGGCUUGGACAACAUCUGCUCCAUAUACAACCUGAAGACCCGAGAGGGGAAUGUGCGGGUGAGCCGAGAACUGCCGGGGCACACAGGCUACUUGUCCUGCUGCCGAUUCUUAGAUGAUGGGCAAAUCAUUACAAGUUCAGGAGACACAACUUGUGCUUUGUGGGACAUCGAGACGGGACAGCAGACUACAACCUUCACGGGACACUCGGGUGAUGUGAUGAGCCUCUCACUGAGUCCUGACUUGAAGACCUUUGUUUCUGGUGCUUGUGACGCAUCUUCAAAACUGUGGGAUAUCCGAGACGGGAUGUGUAGACAGUCUUUCACAGGACACAUCUCAGACAUCAACGCUGUCAGCUUCUUCCCAAGUGGAUAUGCCUUUGCCACUGGUUCUGAUGAUGCCACGUGCCGACUCUUUGACCUCCGUGCAGACCAGGAGCUCCUGCUGUACUCUCAUGACAAUAUCAUCUGUGGCAUCACUUCUGUGGCCUUCUCAAAGAGCGGGCGCCUCCUGCUAGCCGGCUAUGAUGACUUCAACUGCAGUGUGUGGGACGCUCUGAAAGGAGGCCGGGCAGGUGUCCUUGCUGGUCAUGACAACCGUGUUAGCUGCUUAGGUGUGACUGAUGAUGGCAUGGCUGUGGCCACUGGCUCCUGGGACAGUUUUCUUAGAAUCUGGAAUUGAGUGCCAUAUUUUCUAUUCUCCAAUGAUAUCUGGAGAAACCCAUGCUACAGCCUAUAGCUGUGAGGAAACAAACACCCUCUACCUUCUAUUUGCAGAUGAAGUUUUUCUAUUGAGGUGACUAUAUAUAAAAAGCAGUGUUCAAUAAACUAUAGUUUAUUGAAACUGUUGUAACAUAAAUGGUGGUCAAAGAAACAAUCAAGACUUCGAUCCUCGCUGUGGUCAAAGACCACAGUAUUCAUUGAGUGGUUGUGUUGACUUUAACCCGACAGAUUCUUGCUUGUGCUAAUU